AUGUCGGAGCUUCUGGGCUGUGACGCUGUUGGAUGUCCUGUGGACGAGUACCGUAUUGCUCAAUGCAAGGUUGGGAAUGCGACUUUGAAAGCCGUUGGCAUUGCAAACGUAACCACCAUUGCCGAUACACGGCCAUUCACCUGGACUCUUGGCCUCCAAGAGAGGCCGAGUGCAGGUAACGGCCCGCAGAUAACCUUUGACCGGAAUUUCUAUCUCGGCACCCCACCAUCUCUGCAGCUGAAUGGUACGACUGGUUGCGCCCUCUUCUUCGAAGGCAUAGCUGCAAAUCUCACGGUACCCGAGGACAAAGUGGACAGCUUCACUUGUUCUGAUGUUCUCAAUAAGGAUUGCGUCUCGGACUUGAUUACCCAGGCGCAGUUAGCUGUUAAGGCUGGUGAGCCUGCCAAGGACUCAGACUUUUGUAACGAAAUGCGCGAGUCCCUGGUUGACAAGCCGCCUUCAACCUCUCUGACCGGCGACAAGCCUCUCGAGAAGACGGACCAAAGUCAAUGCCGACCGACUACGGGUCAAAAUUACGAUUUAUCUCUCGUCACCAGCCAGCAGCAACAAUCCUCGAGCCGCGAAUUGGAGCAGCUAGCUCCAGUUCUCUACGCUAUCACGCCUGUGAUGACCAUCUUUAGGAAAGGAGAUGAUACAAAAGCUGGGCUGACUUGCCUCAAGUUGGUUGAGAGCAAGGCGAACCAGACUACUGACGACACGAAACCACAAGGCUCAUCCGCUGGAAUCAACACCCCUUUCAUGGCUUAUUUUGCUUUGGUCUCUUUAACGCUCGUUUUCGUGCUUUAA